UAAAAGGAAUACAACAGAACCUAUAAACUAUACAAAUGAUAAAACAAAAGAACAUAAGAAAAGAAAUGUGAAUAAUUCCACUGAAAAUUGGAUUUGGGAGAAAGGAAGCAAGAUGACAAGAUGGAAAUUUCAAAAUGGAAAGCAUCGGAAAGAAAAUGAACAUCAAGAGUCUAAAUCCACAGUUCUAACUCAAGUUGAGUCUAUGCUGUACAAACGACAUCAAUCGAUGAAACAACAAUGCAACAAAACAAAACCAGAAACUCAUCCUAAAUUAGACUUUAUUUUGGUUAGUGAGAAGUUAAAAAUGGUUUACUGUAUGGUGCCAAAAGUAGCCUCAUCGUCAUGGUUAACUGUACUUCUUACCUUGCAUAUGGAACAUCCACCGAAAGAUAAAGAGGUUUUUGAAAUUUGGAAUAAAAAUGUGAAACCUCCACAUUUGACAGAUUAUUCUAAACAAGAUCAGAAAAGAAUAUUAUCUGAAUAUUUUAAGUUUAUGUUUAUAAGAGACCCCUUAGAUAGAUUAAUAUCUGCUUGGGAUGACAAAUUUAAUCACGUAAAACUUUACUUCUCAAAACGAUAUGGUCGUGACAUGAUUAAAAAAUAUCGAGAAAAUCCUUCAGGAGAGGCACUGAGGACGGGAAACAAAGUGAAACUUGAGGAAAUGAUUAGUUACGUCAGGGAUAUUGCCGAAAUAAAGUAUGCAGAUGAACACUGGCGGCCUAUGACUGACCUUUGCGACCCAUGUGCGAUAGAUUAUGAUAUGUAUGGAAACUUCUACAACAUAGAAGAGGAGAGCAAGUUUGUGUUCAAGAACAUUAACACUAACAUAUCCAAUAUGCCCUUUACAAAUGCAGGUAUCCAUAGAAAAGGCAUGAAGAGAACAAGCCACGAUUACUACAAAACUGUUGAAAGAAAUAAGCUGAUAGAGUAUUAUUCUAAUAUUUCCAUUAAAAAAGUGGUAAAACUGCAGAACCAGUACAAACAAGAUUAUGAAUUAUUUUCUGAUGCAUUUCAGUUUAAAAAGUUAGUUGAGGAUUAAGGAAUAUCAUGUAUUAGGUAGUGGGUAUAAUAAACCAGAUAAC